CGAGGUUUGUUCCACCAAUUUCUUUUUUAAAGCGACAGCAUCGUAUUCACACUGCACGCUUUCCCGCAAACCCGUCCCUCGUGCCAGCAGCUCCCUCCCUUGAAGGGGUCCACAUUCAGUCCUCAAGUGGAAGGCCCAUGUUUGUAUCAGCCCCACGUUGUUUUCCGUCAACUUUCCUCGCGCUAAUACGAGAUGAUUGGGCUUCGCCCGGCACAUCUUUCCCCAGCGGCACUCCUCCGCCGCCUAGGCACCUCAUUCCGGGCGACACUAACAAGCCGAGAUGGCGGCCGAUUUUAUCGGCGCUCACAUGCUUGUGACCCUCCGGGAGCCUCCAACUACUUUGCGGGGCGUGGUUAGAGACGUAAAGUCGGGCUGUAGCCUGACGCUCUCAGACGUAUGGUCUGCCGACGGCAGCACGUGGCUCCAAUCCUACCUCACGGUCGAGGCCGCCAAUGUCGUGAACCUGGUCGAGAUUCCCACAGCAACGCCGCAGUUGGAAACUUCCGCGGCCGAUACCAGGAGCACCGCUGCCUCCACGUCCAUAGACAACCAAAAUGCCGACCGUCCGUCUGUGCCAGCAUCACCGGCAACAGCAUCACGACCAGCAAUAACGCCAACAAAAACAACGCCGUCUUCCCAAACCCAACUACCCGCGCCAUCCAUCGCACCACCAACCUCAACAUCGCCCCCUGGAGUGCCCUUUAGAGACCCCGCCAUAAUCGCCGUGGGGAAGCCGCCGCCAGCCGUUACAGCGGCCCGUCCCAGUGCCAGAGGCAAUGAGGGUACCAAAACGGCGGCACGACAGGGCACGCCAGUCCAAGCAACAACAGGGACGUCGGCUGCAGCGAAGUCGAUGGUGGGGAGUGCGGUGAAGUCGGCAUUGGAUACGCCACGGAUAUCGGUGCACGGCCCGGAUGCUGUGGUCAGCGACGUGCCACCGGUCGACGCGGAGCCCACAGCCCAUGCUCCGGGAAAGAAAAAGAGCAGGCGGCCACGUGCGAACAAAGGCGGCCGUAUGGCCACCACGCAGGAAUAUAUUGAAACCCCCCAAGACACUAUCAGCGGACAGGCUGCGGCCCAUGGUUCCAAGGGCUGGCGGCAGACGCCCAUGCUAGAGGACACAUCUUCUUUCCAGCCAUUCAACGCACUUAGGAAAGGUCGAGGCCGCAAAGCGAACGCGCUGCAGCAUGAAAAUGGGUGGGCUUCAGAGGACGUCACCGACGUGCAGGAGCUGGGAGAGUUCGAUUUCGAAGGAGGCCUGGCAAAGUUCGACAAACACACACUUUUCGACCAGAUGCGCAAGGAUGAUCAGGUGGAUGACGCGCAUCGACUAGUGUCUCACAACAGACAACCGAGGCCCAAGCCCGGUACAUCUGGUGGUAAAAACCUCCACUACUCCGAAAAUGUCCUAGACGAGCCGGCCGCUAGCACAAGCCUGAAGGUGGAGCUCCCACAUGACUUCUGGAACAGCGAGGCGGACACGGAGCGGCCGAGCGCGCGAGACGCAGGAAGUCGCCAGAGCUCACGGAGAGGGGAGAGCAAGAUGCCGGCCACGCGGAGGUCGCGAUCGCGCAAGGCCAGUACCGCUGCCGCAGCAAUUACUGCCCCGCCCCGCACAGGUUCGAGCGGCGUUCGUACCCCAACCUCGGGAAAUCGGCAGCGUCGCGGGCCGGCCGCAGUCCAGGGGCCUCCCGAUAGCCUAGCUAGCGGCGGUGACCGGACCCAGCGGCCGACGGGUGGCGUUCCAGCCGCGCCAAGCCUUGCUCUCGUCCCAAGUCUCCGCCGCAUCGAGACCGUCUCGGCCCUUCAAAUGCUCAACCUGGAACUCAUUGCACACAACGACGUCGGGCUCACUGAGGAAAUGAUGACGGAAAACGCAGCGAGGGGCGUUGCCGAGGUGGCCCUUACUGCUCUCGCGGACCCCGCCGUCCGGCUCAGGUCGGGCGUCAGCGGCGGCGACAUCGCGGCGGGGGCAGUGGUUGUUCUCGCUGGCAACAACAAGUCUGGGAUCCGAGCCGUGGCUGCAGCACGCCACCUUCGCAACAAGGGAGUCAACACGCUCGUCUGCGUGGUUGGCAUGGAGAGGGGCGAACGCGAUCUCCUUGAGGGCAUGCAGCAGCAGCUGAGGUUGCUUCGCAACCUUGGCGGGCGAGUAUACGGCAAGAACGAGCUCCUUGACCAUGUUCGCAAGCUCAGCAUCCCUACGCUCACCGUCGACACGCCGCGCGGCGCGCUCGUGCCGAACCCGCCUGCCGUCACGCUCAUCGUCGACGCGCUGCUCGGCCUGGCGACGCCCUUUGACGAGCUGCGGACUGGCGAGCAGGCGACUGUCUUUGAGCUGGUCGAGUGGGCCAACCGGAACGAGGCCUUCGUCCUCGCCCUUGACGUACCCACAGGCAUCGACCCGUCCACGGGCAAUAUCAGCAUUGUCGACGGGAAUCGCCUCUACGUGCGGCCUCGCUACGUUGCCGCCCUGGGCGCUCCGAAGAAGGGUUUGCUUGAGUCCAUGUCCUCGGGCGCGGCGGCUGAGGGUGAUGGGACUGUGGCGCAAGCGCAAGCUCCCGAUGACUUCGUCUCCGACUGGAAGCUCUUUAUAAUCGAUAUUGGUCUCGGCCCUGCCGUUUGGAAGAAGGCAGGCACCAAAAUGCGACGCGGCAUCGAUUUUGGGCGCAGUUGGGUCGUGGAAAUGCGUUUCCUGGUCGGAGAUACGGAGCCAGCAGCGUGACGCCGAGGGAUUUAUUCUGGCAGCCAACCCUGAACAAGUCCCUCAUGUUUACGUCACAGGCAGGCGAACGAAUCUAUACAUUAAUGUCUCUUUCCG